CUUUGAAUGAAGUCAAGUAGUUUGUAUGUGGCUUAAAUAAGUUCAAUUUAUAAACUUACGUAGUAGUACAUCUGAUACUUAACCAAGUAAAAAUGAAAGUUUCACUCUUAGUAAUUUGGAUGAGUCUAAAUGUCAUGGGGAACGAUACCCAAAAAUCAUGUGACUUCAUGAAACUUGCUCAUUAUGGUGAUAAAUUAAAAAUGCAUCCAAGCUGCAGCGCCAGAAGACCAGUAGGGAUUCUCACCAACAGGCUAUUGCAAACAGUGCAACAUUGCUUUAGAUUUGCAUGUGAUUUACAAGCCAAUGUAAUCUACUAUGAAGAGGGAUUUCAAUGCCAGGCCCACAGGUGUGGAUCAAAUGCAAAUGACACUGACUGGGAUAUCACAUGGGAUUGGGAAGAAAACCAAACAGAUCGUAUUGGACAGGUCUAUAUUUUUCCACAUCCAAACACUCCAAAAUGUUAUUCAUCAUACUUUGCUAAAAGACCGAGUAAAAAGGGAAUGAAAGCUGGAUGUCAAACAACAUCUAACAAUGAAGUAAACAACCUGAAAGAAUGUAUGGAAAGGGCUUGUGAAGAAAAAGCAAAUAUUUUUAACUAUAUCGAUAGCACUGAACCUCCUCAAUGUGAACCAAUGCACUGUCAAUGGGAUGCAGCAAAUGAUGAUUACGAUUUGAGACCCAUAGGAAGUAAGAAUAUUGACAUUCAGAUUUACGGGUUGUGUCACAGCGGAUUUGACACUUCCAAAUCAUGUAAUUCUAUGACUUGGAGUGACUCUGUCAUGCUACCAAUGAUACAACCAGUUUGUGGACUAAUUCUAAGUACAUAUGAGAAUUCAAGUAUUUUUAAAAACUCAGAAUUGAUGUGUGAGUUGGGAGCCAACACAUUUCAAAACCAUGCAGCAAAUUUUGGACGUAUUCUGGCUUCAAAGUGUGAAAGUAACGCAGAAGGUACCGACUGGAAAUACUAUGAUGACAAUAUUAUACCCAAACCUGAUGAACCUUUAACAGAAUGGUUGAAUGUUCCCCAUCCUGGUACACCAAACUGUGGCUCAUCGAUAUUUAGAAUCAGGAGUAUCGGGGCUCAGAGACAGAUGUCUAAUUGUACACUUAAACGAAAAAUCCCAGAAGCAAAAGAUUUGAGACAGUGUAUGUUGUAUGCUUGUGAGCUUAAUUACACUGUGAUAAACUAUUUCAGUGAUUCAUAUAGUGUUGUAUGUGAACUACGAGAAUGUGAUAAACUUGAUGAAGAUUAUGAUUUCAAAUAUGGUGUAACAGAUGGAAAAAGAUAUGAUGUUUAUGCCCUACAUUACGAUGAACGCGAAUCACCAGUUCUUCCUUCAGUCUCAACAACAUUACCAACAACAACAGUUAGAGAUAACAAUUGCGUGGAUGUUAACAAAUUAGAAUGUUCCUGUGUCCAGGGGAUUGCGCUUACAUUUUUGGGAUGUUUCAUUACUGCAAUAAUUAUUUCGGUGAUUACAUGUAUAUACAGAGAUGAUCUUAAAACCUGGAUUUCACAAAAACUUUCAAGAUUUCUGCCAAGUCAAUCUACCCAUGAGUAUGUCCAAGCUCCUCAAAACGGUCAAGCUC